AAUUAGUUUAUAAACGGAUCGGCGAUGUACAGACGUUGUUGAUUAUAUAUUGUGGUGUAAUUCGUAUUUGUUUAAGUUUAAUUGUGAUUUCGAGCGAAUAGCAGAAAGCAUAAACAACAUGGACAUCGAUUCAUCGGAUGAUGAACAAUCGAUGGUAUCUGAUGAUGCAUCUAUACCGAACAAGCAUUUAAUUGCCGGCAAAAUAGUAAAAAUUCAUCUAAAAGAUUUUCUUACACACACCGAAGCCAUUGUUCAUCCAAGUGAACAUCUAAAUCUGGUUAUUGGGCCAAAUGGGACUGGCAAAUCAUCAAUUGUCGCAUCCAUCAUCAUUGGUAUGGGUGGCAGUACAAAGAUUUUGUCCGAACGCAACAAAUUAAAUGAUUAUGUGAAGAAUGGCAAAGAGAAUGCACACAUCACCAUUACCGUGUACAAAGAUGAACGACGCACUCAGACCAAUUUCACUCGUGAAUUUAAUCGAAAAAACAAAAGCACAUACUACAUCGAUCAGCGUAAAGUUACCGAAAAACAGUAUGUCGAUGAAAUCAAUGCGUUAAAUGUGCAAGUCGGAAAUUUAUGUCAAUUUUUGCCGCAAGAACGUGUUCAAGAUUUUGCCAAGCAAAAUCCACAAGAACUGUUUGCCAGCACACAGAAAUCGGUUUGUACAGAAGAAAUGAUCGAAACAUUUGACAAACUCAAAGAAUUGCGUCACAAUCAAUUGAGUGACAACAAAAAUGUUCAACGAACACAAGAUUUGUUGCGCGAACAUGAGCGUCAUGUUGAACUGCUGGAACCCACCAUUGCAAGUAUUCGUGAACGUGACAUUUUGGUGAAUCAAAAAAAUAUGAUUGAAAAGAAAUUGGCGUGGAUGGAUUUUCAAGAAUCAUAUGCGGAAUGUUUGAAAAUCAGCGCUGAUCUUGAGGUGACACAGAAAAAAUAUGAUGAAGCCAUGGAGAAAAAGAACGAUCUACAAAAGCAUAUCGAAUCGAAAGCAAAAGAGCGCCAAAAGUAUGAGAAAUCAUUGUCAGCCGAAGUGUCGAAGAAGAGAAAAUACUGCAAUGACCUCGAUCAAAUUGGUGGCGAAAUUGAAAAAUUGGAAAUCGAAUUGCGGAAUGCACAAUGUGACCUUGAUAUAUACAUCCGAAAUGCUGAAGAGCGUGACCAAAAAAUGGACGAAAAUCAACUCGUUCUCAAUACAUACAAGCAAGAAUGCGAGAAUUAUCUGCAGACAAUUGGUUCGGUUGAACAGGUUGAAAAUAUGAUGACCGAAAUCGAUAUGAAUAUUGAAGAUAAACGUACAAACGUACGCAAACUUACCGAAGCUCGUGCCAAGGUGAACGGUCAAAUUGACAAUGAAAUUCGACCGUACAUUAACAACAUAGAUUAUAAAAUAAAGGCGUUGAAUUCAGUGGCCGAUGCAAAAUUGAACUAUCUUCAAACACAACAUUCCGACACAUACAAUGCGGUGCAGUGGUUGCGCAAUAAUCAUGACAUGUUCCGUGGAAAAAUCUAUGAGCCAAUGGUGAUGGAGAUCAAUGUACGUAGCAACGAAUAUAGCAAAUACAUUGAAAAUUGCGUACGAAUUCCUGAUUUGAUUGCAUUCACGUGCGAAGAAACGGAAGAUAUGAACAAAUUCAUAAAAAUAAUGCGCGUCGACAACAAUUGGCAAGUCAAUGUUAUUCAUUCGCCGGCUGCAAAUGGUCUAUUGUCGAAAUACAAACCACGGGAGCCCAUCAGUGAGUUGCGUAAACUUGGCGGUGAAAUUUAUAUGGUCGAUUGCAUUGAAGCUCCAUUUCCAAUUUUGAAUUUUUUGUGUCAGACUUACGGUGUGCAAAAUGUUCUGAUCGGUAAUCAAAAUUUAGAGCGUAAAGCUGAUUUAUUGCCGGACUCAUUGGGAUUAUUCUUCACACCAACCCAUCGGGUCGUUCUUAAAAAGUCAAAGUAUACCAAUAGUAAGUCGUUGAUGUCAAACGUGCUACGAGCUAAAAAUAUGCUGAAUGUUCGUGUAAGCCAACGUGAAUUGGAUGAUCUGGAAGCGGAGAAAACGAAACAGAUUCAGAAAUGCGAUCAAUUACGUAAUACCCGAAAUCAAAUCGAAACAAAAAUAAAUCAAUUGGAACAAGAAUGUAAGGCCGGUUUUCAAGAGAAGAGUGAACAUCAAAAGCAUAUCCUUGAAUACCGUACAUUAACGAACAAGAUAAAACAGCAAGAAAACAAAAUACGACGGCUGAUGAACGAAGCGGUUGAUGUUGACGCUGAAAAGGAAAAGUUUGACAAACGAUCCAAGGACAUUAUUAAGAAUAUGAUAAAAUUCCACGAAACCUCAAUCACCACGUACGAUCAAAUGAUGAAAAUCGAACUGAAUGAAGUGAAGGCAAAGGCACGUUUGGUCAUCUUCAAAAAUGGUACAACCAAUUUCGAUGCUGAGCUCAUGGAAUGCAACGAUGAAAUUACCACAUGCAAAACAUAUUGCGAUCGAAUUGGUGAGGUGCUCGAUAAGAAAAAGCAAGAGGCUAAGGAUAAACAAGUGAAAGCAUUGAGUUUGACCGAAAAUCAUCGACCAACCGAAGGUGAUAAAUUUCCGUAUAAAGAAAAGUUCGAUGAACUCUCCGAUGACAAAUCUCAACUGAAGGAAGAGUACGACGAUCUUGAACAAAAGAUUAGCUGUCGCUCAUCCAACGAUCAGGCUGUUUUGGAAGAUUACAAUGAAAGACUAAAACAAAUUGAAUCACUCAAGAAAGAUUUGCGAAAAAGAAACAAAACCACCGCCGAAAUGGAGAUUGAAAUCAGUAAAUUGCAUAACAAAUGGUAUCCGAAAAUUAACGAUAUGGUAAAUUCGAUCAAUCGUAAUUUUACCGAUUUCAUGACAUCGAUGGACUGUGCCGGCGAAGUUGAACUGAUCUAUCCAAGUGACCGUGAUUAUGAACAAUAUGGUAUUGAGAUUCGAGUGAAGUACCGAAGCAGUGAAAAAUUGAGAGCGCUGAAUCGUUUUGUACAGUCGGGCGGUGAGCGAGCGGUGGCCAUUGCCGUUUACAGUUUAUCAUUGCAACAUUUAUCGCAAGUACCUUUCCGUUGUGUCGAUGAGAUCAAUCAAGGCAUGGAUCCAAACAAUGAACGUCUUGUUUUCGAAAUGCUGGUCAAUAACGUUGCACAACCGGGCCAAUCACAAUUUUUCUAUGUCACACCCAAACUACAAACAAAUCUGCCAUACAACCCGUAUGUCAACUGCAUCACUGUAUUCAACGGACCAUACACAAACCGCCACGAUUUAUUCGAAGAUGUUUGAGAUGCAGCGACAUUCUAUAUCCUGUUAUACAUGAUACGCAAUUGAGCUGUAAAAUCAACAGUUUUUCGUUCUUUUUUUUUGUUUAUUUAUUUUUUAUUGAUUUCGUUUUCAUAAUUUCAUUAGACUUUCAUUGUUUUUCAUUUGUCAUCAAAUAUUUACAGAACACACAAAAAAUAUUUGGUUAUUGGUUUUGUUAAAUUAGUGAUGAUGCAAUGCGAUUUGAAUUAUUAUAAGAUAUUGAUUUAUCAGAAUUUGACAAUUGUAGAUCGUGUUGAUUUUCAGGAAAAUACAUGCACUAUUGAAAUGGUCAUUUUUUUGUUGUUGUUGACAAUGUCACACAAUUCCAUAAUGGAAUAUAGCAAAGGAAACUGUGCUUUCAAAUCGUCAUUGAAGUCAAUUUACAAUUCAUUUCUAUAUAUACCAAUGCUUAUUCCAUAGAUUAUUUUGUCGGAUUAUUUUCAUACAUUUAACGCUAAUUAUUUUAUUUAUAUCAUUAAAAGUUGGUUAGAAAUCUGGUUUCAUAUUUGUUACAAAAAUCAUUUAAAGUUUUAUCUUCAUCAACUGUUGAUGGCAAAUGGCUAAAACGAAGAAAAAAAGAAUUAAGAGAUCAAGAAAUAUUACGAAGAAAAAUGUGAACAGCGUACAUGUUAUUACAUAAUUUUGUGAUCGUUAAGGAAAUGAAGAUGGAAAAAUGUGAAUCGAACAAUUUAUCUAAGAUUAAUAAAAAAAACUCAAUUUUUGUUACAAAUCAAAAA